UACAACCAGGAGUUCAACACUUCACAUGCGGAAGCGUUCCUCGCACCGCGACACUUUUUCUAAUGUUUCAAAGCAUUCAGUGUUUUCAUCACUUGGAAGUCUGCAUUCAUUGAAAAUUGUGCAAGGGAAACCGCAACUUCUCUUGAGCUUAUCAUUGCAAAACUAAAAUAAUGUAAUCAGUACCUGGUAUGGGAUAUAAACAAACACAUAAAUAUUGCGGCCUAGUGUGAAGAUGCGUGGGGUUCCUUCUAUUUCGUCACCACACCAUUGGCCGUUAUCAGUCCUCAAUAGCCAAUUAAAUGCCUUAUCUGAUUUUCACCUGUAUGCGCACAACCAACAAGUGGCAGCAAUAUUUGCCCGAUUCUAAUGACUCAGUUUUAACGAUACUACGGAUGAGACAACAUAUUAACACAUUCGCACUGCUGUUAAAGAUGCAAACAGGAUACAUCAGCUGAUUCGAACUAAAGAACAUCCCGAGAAAUGGCUAAAACGAAAUGGAAUCUGCUCUUCGCUACGUUUAUUGUAUCAUGUGUAUCGUUGACCGCUCUGAUAGUCUCGCUAUGCACACCUUAUUGGGUUACUUCAGAAGCAUACGAAAUGAGCGCUUUUAAGAACAGUGAAGUAAACUACGGACUGUUUACUGGAUCGCUGACGCAGAACUUUCUCCCAAACCCGCGAUACUACGAUCUUACACUUACAUGUCUUUAUCAAGAGUAUGUUUGUGCAUUCAGUUGCCAACAAGACGAGGAAACCCGAACGGACGAAGUGUUGAAACUUUUGAAAGGAUUGCGUCCAGCAGAUUGCCCUGUUCGCACUUCAAAGGUGCUAUCUAUUGCCAAUCCACCGCAUCCAAACAAAUCUUCCCUGAGCCGACAGACAUCCGUAUCAGAUUUCGAUCGCACCAACUUUAUCAACACUGGGCUUUGGGUGUCAACGGUUGUGUUUAUCGGAAUAUCGAUAGCUUUUGCAGCCGCUUCCGCCAGCUUCUCUAUAAUCAACGUGCUAUUCAAUCCAGUAGAACCGAUCUUCAAUGUGUUUGGAUUGUUCAUUUGGAACGGAGUGGUUAUCGGAGCCACCGCUCUUUGUAUGAUCAUGUGGGGAUCACUGUUUGCUGGGACUCUUAUCGAUAAUAUCGCUAUAACCGACACCCUGACGAUACAGAUUCCUUACACUUCGUCCGGCUUGGCUGCGCUGGGAGUUUCAUAUUGGGUCUUAUUCUUGCCCAUGCUGAUGCAUGCAGUCAACGUAGGCCUUCUAUUGUGGCGCAGGCACAUCAUCAACAAGGAGCCACCCCCAACUACAAUAGAUGUAGAUCGAUCGGAUUUAACCAUUAUAAUGUUUUGAAUAAAUGUAUAUAUAAACAUCUUAAGGA